CAUUUCCCACUUCAAAAAUGCAUGAUUCAGUUCCAAUUUAAACAAAAUUACCAUCAAAAUCUCCAUAUUUUUCCUUAAAUUUUUUCAACCAAUCCUUUUACUUCUUGAAAAGGGUACCCAACAAAGCUUCUUCUUUACAGUCUCAAAUGGUUUCUGUGCAUGUGAACCUUGGGUGAAAGGUCACCUUCCUUGGCUCUUUCUGAGGUUUUCUAGCUUAAAAGAUUCUCAAGUUUUUGAUUUAAUUAAUGGGGUUUUUUUGUUAUUUAGAAAUUAAAAAAAACCCAUUAAAUUCUUGAUGAGUUGAGUUCAUAUGUAGCUUGAUUAUUGCAUCUGGUUUUGGAGAUAUUGAAUCUUGUUGGAGGGUUAAAAAUGGGGUCUUUUAGUGGUUUAGGGAUUGGUUUAAGUUUCCUUUUUGGAUGUGUGAUUUUAGGGUUUGUUGCAGAGCUCUAUUAUCUUCUAUUGUGGAAGAAGCAAAGAGAAGAUGUUGAAAACCAGAAUCUUUCUUCUUCCAAUUAUACCCCUACCCAUCUUUCCUCUUGUUUCAAAAACCCUAAUUCUUCGAACACCCAACAGAAAGAUUUGCAGAAUUGUGUGAAUGAGAUUGAGAGUCGGGGGAAACAACAAAACUCAACACAAAAGGAUCCGCCAUUGAAGGGUUUUGGAGAAGAAAGCUUGGAUCUUGAGCUCAUGAGGCUUCAUAACUUAUGUGGGCCUCCAAGGUUUCUUUUCACAAUCAAUGAAGAAACCAAAGAGGAUUUGGAAUCAGACAGCAGAAAGGGUUCAAGAACCAGAAGUCUGAGUGAGCUUCUCUGCACACCAGAAACACCAAUCUGUUGUUCAUCGCCAUUGAAGGGCCCACAAGCUCCCAAUUUGGAAGGCUAUUUGAAUCCAUUGUAUGAUUCUGAUACCAAUGAGUUUGAGUUGAAUAAAGUCAGAUCUUCACCACCUCCAACAUUCAAGUUCUUGAGAGAUGCAGAGGAGAAACUACUGAAAAAACUGAUGGAAUUAGAAGCUGAGAAAAGGGGAAAUUUGAGAAGGAAUCAAGAUGGAGAUUGUUCAAGAAAAACAGAGGUGGAGGGUAAAAUGGUAAAAAGAGAAGGAGGGAUUCAUCAUCUUCAAAUGUCAGCAUCUUCACAGCUUUGCGUAAAUGAAGCGAAUAUGACAAGAUUGUUGAAGGGAAAUGAUACACAAAAAGGUUGAAUGAGAAACAAUUACUGCUCUACUGCAAGUUACCUGCCACAGACCCAAGGAUUGUAAAAAAUGAUAACUUGCAGGUAUCAGUUUUUGCAUCAUCAUGUUCGCCAUUUUGUUUCAAGCAAAGUAGUGAUCUUGAUCAAACACUAAAAGAGCCCAAAUGGCUAUCUCUCAAGCAUUUCUUUUGUAC